UUCAGCCUUGCAUGUGCCUCGAUAAGCGAGCUUGAAGUGAGCUUCACAUAUUCGCUCCAUUUCAGUAUUCAAGCGGGCCCGUAGGUGAUCAACGUGGAAAUGUCGCAAUCAGCAGGCCGAGAGGCCGUCUUUCCAACUCGGCAGGCCCUGGGCCAAAUGAACAGCAAAUUGAAGGGUGCCCAAACUGGCCACAGCUUGUUGAAACGAAAGAGUGAAGCCCUCACGAAGCGAUUUCGAGAAAUCUUGAAACGAAUUGACGAAGCGAAGCGGAAAAUGGGUCGAGUCAUGCAGAUUGCCGCCUUCUCUCUGGCUGAAGUAACAUAUGCUGUCGGAGGUGACAUUGGCUACCAGAUCCAAGAAUCCGUCAAGACUGCACGAUUCAGAAUUAAGACGAAACAAGAGAAUGUCUCGGGUGUCUUCCUCCCACAAUUUGAAGGAUACACGAAAGAUGAGAUCAACGACUUUGGUUUGACUGGUCUAGGAAAAGGAGGGCAACAAGUACAAAGAUGUCGAGAAACAUAUACCAGAGCUGUCGAGACAUUGGUCGAGCUUGCCAGCUUGCAGACCGCUUUCAUGAUCCUAGAUGAGGUCAUCAAAGUCGUGAACCGGAGAGUCAAUGCUAUCGAGCAUGUCAUCAUCCCAAGAACAGAAAACACCAUCAAAUACAUCAACUCCGAGCUCGAUGAACUUGACAGGGAGGAGUUUUACCGACUGAAGAAAGUGUCGGGCAAGAAACAAAGAGACCAGGCUGCUGCAGAUGCAGAGAUCAGAAAGCAAAGAGAAAGAGAGGCGGCCAGAGGCGACGCCGACGAGGAACAGGACAACGAAGGGGCGGCGCAAGAUGUGCUGGGCGAACACGAGGACGACGAUGUCAUCUUUUAAGCUCCAGCACGACGUUCCGUGCUCAUAUUAUACAGACCGUUUUCCAGCAACGCCAUUGCGAUGUACUCCUACCAAGCCGCUAUCAAUGCAUGGGUAUCAAGCCUGAAGUCCGUUUCCCCGUUUUAGCGUGCCCGUCGAAAUGAAAAUACC